CCCCCUUAUUGGAGAACCUUAUACUAGCGUGCGCCAAGGAGAGUUCGCCGAAGAACAAAAUAAGUAUUUUAAAAUGUCUACGUAAACAAGUCAACCAAUUGACAACCAAUAAUUUGAUAGGGUUUGUUCCAACAACUGUUUCCUGUACAAUUAAGGAAUGCUGCAUCGUUUUUGCAAAGAUGUCUAACGCGGAAAGAACGUCGAUAUCUUAUGGAAACCAGGGAUACCCGUUAGAAAAAUAGAACACGUUACCCGUUGCACAGUUAUGACCGUACCGUCAUAAUUAUUCCGACAUUAUUUACUCGCGGAUUCCCAAUAUGCGAAAAAGGCAACGUGCGUUUGCACAUCGCGCGUACCCCUUCUCACCGACGAUCUAGUUCUGCUGAUAAAUAGCGCGUCGUACUCUUUAUAAGAUCCAAGAGAACAGGUGCAUCGCUAUCAGUUUAUGAAAACGCAGCAACACAAGCGCGACACGCAACUAUCCUCGACGAAUAUGAAAUCAUUAAUCGUCUUUUGUUUCCUCGCUGCGCUCUGCGUCUUGCAGGUAUCGGCUUACAACGAAUUGGAUCAGUUGAAUAGCCAGGCGAAACAAUCAAAGAAUAAUGUUAAUCGUAUCAUGAGGAGCGCACAGCUCAACAGAAACAAUCUAAGUAAUUCUAUAAAAAUGAAUUUGAGCAACCUGAAGAUCAACAGCAUGAUGAACAUAAACGAUUAUGUAAAUCCAACCCUUGAUAAAAUUCGUGCCGAAGUGAAUGCUGCUAAAGAAAAAGGAAUAGAUGCCGAACAGUGCUACAUUGACGCCAAAUAUAAGCUCGGGGUCAUCAGUCAGACAGGAUUUUCCGUCCUCCAGCAAUGCAAAACGAAUGCGGAAUCACUUUUAGAAGUGCAACUACGUGUGCUCGAGAAAAUAGAAGCGACUGGAAACGACUACCUCUACGAAUUGUCGUUUCUUUUCGGUAGCUGUUAUUCAUCAGAUAGCUUGGAAAUGCAAAACUGCAUCGCUCUCAAGCUAGGAAACAUCAACAAUUCUAUCAAAUCAUAUGAGAACGCGAUCAAUUCGCAGUUUCGCUAUACUGAAAAAACCGCGAGGCGAGCAGUCAUCGAGGCAAACUCCUGCAACAUCAAUGCCGUUUCGAAAGUCUACGCUGAUACCACUAACACGACAAUAAAUGCAUCCAGAUGCAUUGGGGGCUAAAGCAAAUAGCUGAUCUAACUUUUGACUAUGCAUCAAGUGAAAUAAAGCUCGCUCGCAUAAGUAAAUCGUUUGAUUUCAUUUCACCGUGCUAAAUCGUCUUACACCUCUCGCACUAAUCUACACCAUGCCUCGCGGAAACGAUAACGG